GUGCCCACCCACAGACAUACGUCGCCGACCCUUAAAUUCAGACUGCGGCUUACAAAGUUCCCAGAGGAGAUCCAGCAGACUGACUUUAUCCGACCAAAACCUCUUCACCCCGGGCUAAGACACUUAUCACCCGGUAUCGAACCGGAGGCCCGUUACUGACGUCGGUUCGGUUCGGAGACUCGUCUGAAAGAGGAAAAAAAAUCUGCUCCUUCUUGAAGUUCACAAACUGUCGAGCUGGCAAAGAUGUUUCAGAUUAAAAGGAUUUGUUGCAUUGGAGCGGGGUACGUCGGUGGCCCAACAUGCAGUGUAAUCGCUCACAUGUGUCCAGAGAUCACGGUGACAGUGGUGGACAUCAACGAGUCUCGUAUUAAAGCCUGGAACUCUGAAACUCUGCCCAUAUAUGAGCCUGGAUUGAAAGAGGUGGUUGAGUCAUGCCGAGGAAAGAAUUUGUUCUUUUCUACAGACAUCGACUCAGCCAUCCGGGAGGCCGACCUCGUCUUCAUCUCUGUGAACACCCCAACGAAGACGUACGGGGUGGGGAAGGGCCGUGCGGCUGACCUGAAGUUUAUCGAGGCCUGUGCUCGGCGGAUCGUAGAGGUGUCUGAUGGCUAUAAGAUUGUGACCGAGAAGAGUACGGUGCCAGUGAGAGCUGCUGAGAGCAUCAGACGGAUAUUUGACGCUAACACCAAACCCAGCCUUGACCUGCAGGUGCUGUCCAACCCAGAGUUCCUUGCUGAGGGAACAGCGGUGCGAGAUCUGAAGGAGCCAGAUCGUGUCCUGAUUGGUGGAGACGAAACUGCUGAAGGUCAAAGGGCGAUCAGAGCGCUGAGUGCUGUAUACGAACACUGGGUUCCCAAAACAAGAAUAAUCACCACCAACACAUGGUCAUCAGAGCUCUCCAAACUGGCAGCUAACGCCUUCCUGGCACAGCGAAUCAGCAGCAUCAACAGCAUCAGCGCUCUGUGCGAGGCCACCGGCGCUGACGUGGAGGAGGUUGCCAAGGCGAUCGGCAUGGACCAGAGAAUAGGCAACAAGUUCCUCAAAGCCAGUGUUGGUUUCGGUGGGAGCUGUUUCCAGAAGGAUGUUCUCAAUCUGGUGUAUUUGUGUGAGGCCCUCAACCUGCCAGAGGUGGCGUCCUACUGGCAGCAGGUCAUCGACAUGAACGAGUACCAGAGGCGACGCUUCGCCUGUAGAAUUAUCGACUGUCUUUUCAACACCGUCACGGGCAAAAAGAUCGCUCUGCUGGGCUUCUCCUUCAAAAAAGACACUGGUGACACAAGAGAGUCGUCUAGUAUCUACAUCUCCAAGUACCUGAUGGAUGAAGGAGCCAAGCUGUUCAUUUAUGACCCCAAAGUCCUUAAGGAGCAAAUCAUUCACGACCUCUCUCAGCCUAGCAUCUCCGAGGACAACCCCAAAAGAGUGUCUGAGCUGGUGACCGUGGCCUCCGACCCUUAUGAGGCCUGCCAGAGCGCACACGCUUUGGUCAUCUGCACCGAGUGGGACAUGUUUAAGGAGCUGGACUAUGAGAACAUUUACAAGAUGAUGUUGAAGCCUGCCUUCAUAUUUGAUGGUCGCAGAGUGUUGGAUCACCUCCAUGCUCAGCUGCAGUGCAUCGGCUUCUGCAUCGAGACAAUUGGAAAGAAGGUGACGACGACUCGAAUCCCCUACACGCCGGCGGCCGUUUGUCCUCUCAUCACUGCCAGCGAACCUCCAACCAACGUAGCAAAUAUCUAAAACACAUUCCCCUCAGUCUUUUUAUUUCAGCAGAAAUUAUGUUGUCCAUACCUUACAGAUGUGAACUUUUAUCUGUUCCAGUAUUGUUCUUAAUUGUUGACAAGUUUUCAUUAAAUUUUUUAAAAGCUA